AUGUGGCACGUGUUGCUGUCACUGGAAAGGAGAUUAAGAUGUGAAUGUGGGUUUGAUAUGGAAGACCGGGUUCGGGAAGCAGGACGAAGAGAGGCACACACAGAGGGUCCGGAUGUAGCCCCGCCGCCAAACAGCCCAAGGCCCAGCACAAGGGUGAUCCCGGGUCCAAAAUCGAGAAAAUUGUUCGGAGGCUACAGAAUCACACCGAAAUUCUGCAAACCAUCCAAGUCACUGCCCAAAGAUGAUAUUCGAGCGCAUGGUCCCACGAUCUGUAUGUUCAACCAUGAGUGUACACAGCGACAGGGACAAGUUGUUGGUGCUUGCAUGGACGGAUUUCUCUUUGGCACUUGCUGUCAACUCCAGGGAACCGUAGAAACUCCACUCACACCACCAACAGAUGAUCUAGACGACAGACCCAUCAGCAAUCAAGCGGUCUCGAUGUCAUACGAAACGUAUGGGAAUCACAUUCUUCCCGCAAAUUUCCCCCACAACGAGAUCAAGGUCCAAGAUCGACCUGUAUCAACAACAGACAGUUCCCAAAAGUACACAAGUCACUACUACGUGAACAACGAGGCUGUUGUUGUAUCAUCCCCAUCAUCAAUUCACAAAGUCUCUACAUAUCUUCCACACACAACAAGUACAACACCACCCCCACAAGCAUCCACCAAAAUCGGAGACUUCUACCUACCCAUGGGCUCCAGUCCGAGUCACUACAGCUCAGAGAUCCCAACUAGACUCUCAUCCCCAUUUAGUUCAACAGAAUCCUCCGCACAAGACUACUUCACGGCCAGUCAAAUGAAUCAUGUAACAAAUAGUCUCCUGGACAACAGUUACGGUACACACUUCACUCACAGUGACAUCACACAUCCAGGAGCUGAUGCUGACCUGAUAGAUGAUGGUACUAGUGGAUACGCCAGACCUAGUGACUUUACAUCAGUUGGCAACUUCAUUCACUCAACAACCAUCAAACCUUCCUCAAAAAAUCCACCUCCAAAACCAGAAUUCAAACCAAAACCAAAGCCUACGACUGCAAAUCCAAACAAAUACGUUCUGGUUCACACGAUAUCCAACGAUAAACCAAGUGUUAAACCUACAAUCGGUGAAAACGAUAUGGAAUCCAUAGAAUCCAUAAUCUUAAUGCUGAAUGAGACAAAUACAGGACCACAAUACAAUGCAGCGUCAACUCCAGAAGACAGAGAAACAACUUUCUACACAACGAGAUAUCCUAGCAACUACACGGAAAUCAAUACAGACAAAUACGGUCCUACUAGUUUCUACGUAACUUCAAAAUAUCCUUCAUCUACGGGGAAACCUGCGCAAAGUCAAAAACCCAAAAGACCACCUUCUAAAAAACCUCCCUCGACGAGCUAUGUUUCCAGUACUGCAGCUGUUACUCCUAGACCAGGUGCGACGACAACAAAGAAAGGAACUAAACGUCCCGCUACACAGAAACCUCCAUCGACGAGUUAUGUCUACUCACCUCAUCCGACAAAGAGGCCAACAAGUGUAACUGUGUCUACGAGUCCUCAGAAAUUCUCAACAUCUGCCCAACCUCUGUUGUCUAGCACAACACCUACGGUUAUCGUACUAGGACCCUAUGAUCAAUCCAGUUCAACAGAAAGGCUCCCACCUGAACAAAUCAUCCAGUCUAAACCUAUUGAGCAAAGUGUUUAUGAUGCCGAUGACGAUGUAGGAUAUGGACAGGUUUCAGUAACCCAAAGACCAUCUCCGACUGUUGUUAUUACGCCAAAGCCAGCUGCAGGAUCAUCAUCUCCUUGGCCACAACAUUCAAGACCUACAAAACCACCAAGCACUUCCUACGUUUACAGCCCCAUUGUGACCAAGAGACCAGUACAGCAACCAACAUCUCCUUACGGACCUUCAAGUACCUUCACUCCCGGCUACUACCGACCUCAAUAUGAUCACACAGUAUCAUCUACAGCAAUCUACACCGCUGAAGAAUCUGAUGGAAUCUACAACUAUGUGCACACCCAAACAGAUUACGACAAAAACUCCAUCUACGCCGGUUCGACUCUUGCCUAUCCAGAAAUUUCGACAAUCAAGGAAGAUUAUCCCACACCGCCGUACGAUUCAAUAAACUUCCCACCGGUAAGGAACCCCAACCUCAACACAUCAUCCAACUACCCCUCAGCUGACGAAGAGGAAGUCGUUACCCCAACCUUCCUUGAGGAUCAGAAGUUUAAGGACAAGAUGGACCUGUUGGUUAGCAAAAUUGUCGCUUCUCUUCAGAACAACUUUGACAGCUUGGCUGAUGUAGUCCUGGAAAGAAAUGCCACAGGAGUACUCCACAAGCGUCCAACCCCAAAACCCGUCGGAGGAGCACCCAGUAAGAAACCUCCAACUAAGAAACCUUCAUCUAAACCUCCACAGAGAACAACAACCCCUGCACCAGGAGUUCCAACACGUCGUCCAACAACAAGACCUACAGGAGCUGGAGUUGCUCGUCCUGGAGUGACAACGAGAAAGCCCACACAGAGACCUGGACAAGUCACGAAUCGACCAACAAGAAGACCAACAACCACACUCUUAACUACAACUAGAAAGCCUAUCCAGAAAGUCACAACAACAGUACGACCUACAACGAGACCGACAAAACGUAUCAAGACUACAACAAUAGCCUCCACAACAUCGGCAGAUGAUUAUGACACGGAGGAUGUAGGCGAGGAACAAGAUGGAGAAGUCUCAACACCUCUCAGUAUAGAAGAUGGAAGAAUUCGAUGUGGAGUUAGGCCUCAUGUGAAAACUGCGAGAAUUGUGGGUGGUAAGAGUGCACACUUUGGGGAAUUCCCAUGGCAAGUACUAGUACGCGAAUCAACAUGGUUAGGACUCUUCACAAAGAACAAAUGCGGAGGAGUGUUGAUCUCCAACAGCUACGUAAUCACAGCUGCUCAUUGUCAACCAGGAUUCCUUGCAUCUCUCGUGGCUGUCUUUGGGGAGUACGAUAUUUCUGGGGAAUUGGAGUCUAAACGAUCUGUUACGAAGAACGUAAAGAGAGUCAUCGUCCAUCGACAGUACGAUGCUGCUACUUUCGAAAAUGACUUGGCAAUCCUUGAACUUGAAAGUCCUAUUCACUAUGAUACUCAUAUUGUGCCAAUUUGCAUGCCACCGGACAACGCCGAUUUUACGGGAAGAAUGGCAACUGUAACUGGUUGGGGACGCCUGAAAUACGGUGGAGGGGUACCGUCAGUUCUUCAGGAAGUUCAUGUUCCCAUCAUUGACAACAGCGUAUGUCAGGAAAUGUUCCAAACAGCUGGUCACAAUAAGAAAAUUUUGAAAUCUUUCCUCUGUGCUGGAUACGCAAAUGGUCAGAAGGAUUCUUGUGAAGGCGAUAGCGGAGGUCCUCUAGUCCUUCAGCGUCCCGAUGGCAGAUGGGAAUUGGCCGGAACUGUAUCCCAUGGCAUUAAAUGUGCAGCCCCUUAUCUCCCUGGCGUCUACAUGCGAACAACAUUCUACAAACCUUGGCUCCAGAGUGUAACAGGUGUUCACUGAAAGGACAAAUCCAAGAAAAAAAAACAAACAUUUGUGGUGGGACAAUUGGACAAAAAGAAAUUAAUUUUAAAUCUCCAAUGUGUUAAAUGUACAAGACCUCCUGAACUAUCUGUCUCUCUUGAAAAAAAAAAUAAAAACAAAAUGUAGUAGAAAAUUUAAGAGAAACACUGGAAAUCGUCAUUGAAAAAAAAAUCAAAGGAUUUACUGUGAAAUUUCUUGAAAUUUUAACACAUUCUCCAAUUAAUGACUUUCAAUGGAGAAUAUUGAGAAAUUUCUCAAUCGACUUAGCAAAUCAAUGGAGUUAGUAGAAAAGUAGAUUGUAAUAUUAAGUGGUACUUUUAUUUAUUUUGUAUUUAUUUGUUGGACAAAAACAAUGUGAUGAAUGUUGAAGAACAAUUGAGGAAAAUUCUCUCUCUGUUUUCUCCUAACUUUAAAAAAGAAAAGCUUAAAAAAUGUUUUUUUGAAGGGAAAAAAAUGUGUGAAAAGUGUGUGCAAGUGUGUAUUAUUUGUAAUUUAGGCGUUAGAUUUGUAUUCUUGUUGAAAAAAAAAACAUUGUUAUAAUUUAUAUUUAUUUUGUACACAAUACUAGAGAAAUUAUACUGUAUUUUAUAUUUAUGAUAAAAAUACAAACUCUUUGGAAAACA